CGGGGAGGAUCUCUGGGUGAAGACACCGGGGCCGAGGGUGUUAAGUUUCAGCCCCGGGAGCCCCGUGCAGCGGGCAGGAAGGGGAGGACCCGGACAGGCAAGGGGGAGCCCCCGCGCGGGCUCGGGGCUGGGUCGGAAAAGCUGCCUCACGGGCGCGCCCUUCGGCCCCUCCGCUCCUUCCCUCCCUCCCAGAGCGCCCCGCCCGGGCCUCCCUUCUAGUCUCCGCUGCGCCCUCCCGGAGGCAGCGUUUGCAGCGGCCCUGCCAUGUCUCAGCCGGGCCAGAAGCCCGCUGCCUCCCCGCGGCCCCGGCGCGCUGCAGCGGCCCGCCAUACCCAAGAGCAUGUCAGUGAAAAAACCAGUGGAUCGCCUUCCAAGUCAGGAGAAAAGAAAGGAUCAGAUGAGAAAAAAGCAACAAGCCUUGAAAGCAGUCAACCUUCCAGAACCCAUGCUGGUGGAACAGCCCCGGCCACCAAGGCGUCAGCUGCUUCUCCUUCCACCAGCAAGUCUUCCAGUAUGAAUCCCACGGAAACCAAGCCUGCAAAAACAGAACCUGAAAAGAAGUCACAGUCAACUAAGCCAUCUGCGGUUCAUGAGAAAAAAACCCAAGAAGUAAAGCCAAAGGAACACAAAGAGCCAAAAAGCCUACCCAAGCACGCAUCAGAUGCAGAAAGCAAGCAUGUUCAUAAAGAAAAAAAAGUGUCCAGAUCAAGUGAGCAGCCGACAUCAGAGAAAUCAUCAAAACCAAAGACUAAAUCACAGGAUGCUGUUUCUGCCGGCGGGGAGGGGGUUGUUGCUGGUGUAGCCGCGGCACCUGCCACACCAGCUAAACAGAAAAAAGAAAAGAAAUCAUUAACGUCGGCUGUACCAGUUGAAUCCAAACCGGGUAAACCAUCUGGAAAGUCAGACAUGGAUGCUGCUUUGGAUGACUUAGUAGACACUCUAGGAGGACCGGAAGAAACUGAAGACGAUAACACAGUGUAUACUGGACCUGAAGUUUCAGAUCCAAUGACUUCUACCUACAUAGAGGAAUUAGGUAAAAGAGAAGUCACACUUCCUCCAAAAUACAGGGAACUUUUGGCAAAAAAAGAAGGUAUCCCAGAGCCUCCUCCAGAUUCUUCGAAACCCAUGGGGCCCAAUGAUGCCAUUGAUGCUUUGUCAUCUGACUUCACCUGCAGUUCUCCUACCCCUGGUGGAAAGGAAACUAAGGAAGAGAAAGCCACAGAAGAGGUUUUAAAAGCUCAGCCAGCCACCGUAGUCAAAAGUGCUGCUUCACCCCAAGAGAAAAAAAGAAAAGUGGAAGAGGACGCAAUGAGCGACCAAGCGCUGGAGGCUCUUUCAGAGUCGCUGGGCAGCCGGAAGCCCGAACCUGAGCUCGACCUCAGCUCCAUUACGGAAGUCGACGAGGCAAAAGCCAAAGAGGAGAAACUGAAGAAGUGUGGUGAAGAUGAGGAAACCGUGCCAUCAGAGUACAGAUUAAAACCAGCCACGGAUAAAGAUGGAAAACCACUAUUGCCAGAGCAUGAAGAAAAAUCCAAGCCCCUGAGUGAAUCAGAACUCAUUGAUGAACUUUCAGAAGACUUUAACCAGCCUAAAAGUAAAGGAAAACAAACUAAGCCAUCUGAAAAAACAGAAGAAUCUCAGGCCGCUGCCCUGACUCCCGUGAGCGAGGCCGUGCCUCGGACUUCCAUGUGUAGUAUACAGUCGGCGCCACCCAAGCCACCCACCUUGAAAGGCAUGGGGCCAGAUGACGCAGUAGAAGCCUUGGCUGGCAGCCUCGGGAAGAAGGAACCUGAUCCAGAAGACGGAAAGCCCGUGGCUGAUAAAGUGAAGGAGAAAGCUGAAGAAGAGGAUCGUGAAAAACUUGGUGAGAAAGAAGAAACAAUUCCUCCUGAUUAUAGAUUAGAAGAGGUCAAGGAUAAAGAUGGAAAACCACUAUUGCCAGAGCAUGAAGAAAAAUCCAAGUUGCCUCCCCUGAGUGAAUCAGAACUCAUUGAUGAACUUUCAGAAGACUUUAACCAGCCUAAAAGUAAUAGCAGCUCCGAAUUUGAAGACGCUAAGCUCUCUGCUGUCAUCUCCGAAGUGGUUUCGCAGACCCCAGCUCCGGCCACGCACUCUGCCGGCCCACCCCCUGGCAGUCAGAGUGACGACAAAGAACUGGACGAUGCCUUGGAUCAACUUUCUGACAGUCUAGGACAAAGGCAGCCUGAUCCAGAUGACAACAAACCAAUAGAAGAUAAGGUCAAGGAAAGAGCUAAAGCCGAACACAGAGACAAGCUGGGAGAAAGAGAUGACACCAUCCCCCCUGAAUACAGACACCUCUUGGAUGAUGAUGAGGGCAAACCAGCAAAGCCACCUGCCAAGAAACCCAAGGACUCCAAGAAACCUGAAGAUGAAAAAGACCCCAUCGAUGCCCUGUCAGGCGACUUGGACAGCUGUCCUGCACCCACAGAGGACAAAGUCAAGAGAACUGCUCCCAGCUCCAAAGUACCCAAGAAUGGAGGUAAAGCAAAGGAUUCUGCCAAGGCAAAAGAGGAAACUUCCAAGCUAAAAGCUGAUGAAACAAAUACAAGUUAAAGUCCGCACCAUUUGGUAUCUCCCUAUAAAAUCUUCAGCUGGUGGAUGGUGACUUUUGAAGGACAAAAGGCUUUGAACAACAGCAAAUUUUUCUGGGUGGCUUCUAGGCAGUGUUUGUUACUUGUCAAAUCUUGACAUCCUAAACAUUGGUUAUUCUUUUCCCAGAAAGAAAACGAAUUUGUGUGGUUCCUCUGUGUUAUUGUACUGAGUACUGAUAAACUUUGAAUUUUUAAAAAAUGCCUUCAGUUGGGAGAGACAGGAACUUUAUAUUUCUAUGAGAUAGAUAUAUUUGAUAGUUUCUUAAAGCAACACACAAAAGGAAAAACCUUUGCAAACUUUUGCAAAUUCUACACACACAGUGCCUGUAAAUCUCAUUAGUAUUUUCAGUUAGCACUUAAUUCUUUCAUUGUUGUUAGCAUUUGGAAAACAAUGCUUUGCACUGGUUGAAUGUCCUGAUUUCUCCAUUUCCUCUUGGGCUUUGGAACUGUACUUGAGAUUUCUUUGGGUCAAUGUUUAUAAGUCAAACCUAAACUGUUGUACAUUGGGCACAUCAUCUCCUCUCGGGCUGCUAAUAAAUUAAUAGAUAACCUGGACAGACCAGGA